ACACGCAGAUUUACCACGCUGCUCUUCCUGAGAUUGUGUUUGUGUCUGACGCUCGCUGUCGCUCAGACUGAAGUCUCGCUCUCUUAGACUACUAAUCAGAGGCUGACUGCCCGAAACGCACGCACACACACACACACGCACACGCAUGCAUGCACACUGCUGUAGAGAAACUCAUGGCACGCCUCAGUUAGUCUGCGCAGAUACCUGUCGAUCUGCCUGUCUGCGGGAUCUCUGCGCUGUCGCUCUGCCCAGACCUCUCUGGAUUUGAUGGUGCUGCGGCGCGUGUGUUCUCAGCUGCCAGUGGAGUAUGGGUACGACUGCCAGCGCUGCUCCCCAGCCCACGCUGCAUGAGAGUUUCCACGGCAACGGGAUGACGGACAGCAGGCGGUCGGCCAGCAGCGCCUCCUUCCAGACGCUCAACAUCCACAACAACAAGGCCAAAUCCAUCAUCACUAAUAAAGUGGCUCCGGUGGUCAUCACGUAUAACUGCAGACAGGAGUUUCAGAUCCAUGAUGACGUUCUCCGUACAAACUAUAAAGUUGGGAGGAUCUCGGACAACAUGCCUGAGCACCAUCUGGUCCAGGGCUCCUACUUCAUGGUGCAGGACGUGUUCAGUAAAGCGGACGUUCUCAGCACCGCCGGCUCGUACGGAGCGCCCAACUUCAGACAGAGCAGAGGCGGAUUCCCGCUGUACGGCAUGGGUCAGCCCAGCCUGAGUGGCUUCAAACAGGUCCUGCAGAGACUCCAGGGUCAGGGUCAUCAGGAGGUGAUUUUCUUCUGUUUGCGCGAGGAGCCCGUGGUGUUCCUGCGUCUGGAGGGCGACUUCCUUCCCUACACGCCCCGGAGGAAGGAGAACCUUCACGAGAACCUGCACGAUCUGGGACGAGAGCUCUCCUCCGAGAUCCUGGAGCUCACCAUCAGGAAAGAGCUUCACGACUUCGCCAAACUGAAUGACAACGUGUUCUACGUCUACAACGACAUCGAGCAUUUCAAAGGAGAGCCGCAGAAGAUCUGCAUCUGCUGUGAAGAAGACAUUCACGUGACGGAGGAGGUGUACAAGAGACCGCGCUUCACCAUGCCCUCGUACAGGUAUUACCGUCUGCCUCUGCCGAUGGAGGGCGCGCCUCUGGAGGACGAGUUUGAUGCGUUCGUCAGCGUUCUCCGGGAGAAUCCGUCUCUGUCUUUGAGUCGUGACGCAUCUCAGCCGCUUCCAGCCCUGUUGUUCAGCUGUCAGGUGGGCGUCGGCCGCACGAAUCUGGGUUUGAUCCUGGGAUCACUGGUGAUGAUGCACCUGACACGGGCGACACAGGAGCCAGCAGCACCAGCUGAAGGGGAUGUGACGGACAAACCCAAAAUGCAGUUCCAGGUUAUUCAGACCCUCAUCAGUAAGCUGCCUAAAGGUCAAGAGGUCAUGGAAGAGGUGAACCGCGCCAUAGAUCUGUGCUCUGAGAUGCACGACAUUCGAGAGGCCAUUUAUGAGAACAAACAAAAGCUGGAGGGAAUCGGUGAGGACUAUCAGAUCCAGGGAAGCAGCACUAAAGACUACUUCCUCCAUCGAACUCUACAGAGUCUAGAGAGAUAUUUCUACCUGAUCAUCUUUAACGCUUACCUACAUGAACAGUAUCCGCUAGCGUUCGCGUGUAGCUUCAGCCAAUGGCUGUGCUCUCACGCCUGGAUGUACCGCCUCCUUUCCUGCAUGAACCAAUCAGAGCUCAGAGCACCAGCUGACCUGCUCACAAAAGGAGCUCGAGUUCUGGUUGCAGAUGAAUAUUUAGCGCCUGACGUUCUGAGCACCAUUAAGGAGAUGAAAGUGGCUAAUUUCAGACGAGUGCCCAAGAUGCCAAUCUACGGCAUGGCGCAGCCGACAUCUGAGGCGACGGGAGCCGUUCUGGCGUAUCUGACGGACGAGAAGAGGAAGCACAGCAGUGUUUUGUGGGUGAAUUUGCAGGAUGAGCUGGUUCUGGAGGCGAACGGUCAGAUCUUCUGUCCGAGAGAGCCCACGCGUGUGGAUCAGCACAUAUGUGUGCUCUCCUCACAGCCGGAGGAGAUCCAGAGACUGGAAACGGCUCUGAAAGAAGAACUUUUGGGAAGUCAGAAAUGGCUUGAAGUGACUCUGGAGCAGGAGAAACAGAUGAAGAUGUUCAAGAGCUGUUUGACGGUACAGGAGAUCUUUAACCAUCACAAGAGUUCACACCAGGGGCUGCAGUACAGACGGAUCCCUUUCCCAGAAUGCUCUGCUCCUACUGAAGAGGGUUUUGACAGGCUGCUGGAGGCCAUGAAAGCUUGUCUCGCUGAAGACUCUCUCUCUGCGUUCGUCUUUAACUGCUCGAACGGUAAAGGACGGACGACCACGGCUAUGGUGAUCGCCGCCCUCACGCUCUGGCACUUCAACGGUUUUCCAGAGUUCUGUGAGGAUGAAAUCGUAAGCGUUCCUGAUGCCAAAUACACAAAGGGCGAGUUUGAGGUGGUGAUGAAGUUGGUCCGGUUGCUUCCUGACGGUCACAGGAUGAAGAAGGAGGUGGACAUGGCAUUGGACUCCGUCAGCGAGACGAUGACGCCGCUGCACUACCACCUGCGAGAGAUCAUCAUCUGCACCUACAGACAGAUCAAGAGCUCUAAAUGUGAGACGGAGAUCCAGGCGCUGUCGCUGAAGAGUUUGCUGUAUCUGGAGCGCUACAUGUACCUGAUCCUCUUCAACACGUACCUGCACCUGGAGAAGAGAGACUCCUGGCAGCGCUCCUUCAGCCAGUGGAUGCUGCAGGUGGCGUCUCAGGCCGGAGUUUAUGAGCUGUUGAAUCAGUUGGGCUUCUCUGAGUUUGAGGACCUGAGAGACUCAACUCUCUGCCGUCUCCGUCACCGCUGGCAACAGCAGAACCGCCACGGGCUUCCGUUCAGAGGAGAGUUCAUCUGAGAAACACUCAUCAGGACGUCCACGUUGGGUUUCAACUGUUCUCGACCGACGCUAUUCAACAGUUCAAAUCCACUGAAACACACUGUGAGGAACUUCACUGAAAACAUCACCAGAUGUUGCAUGAAUAUUCAUCAUGUCUCACCUGUGGAUGCUGUUUUUCUUGUUUAUUAAUGUCAUUUGUGGUCAUUUUCUCUUUCUGUGCAGGUAUCUCACAUCUACUAUUAACCUAUUUUUAAUUUAACAGGACUCUUUUUAUGUCACGUGUAGCUCGGGUGAUGAUUUGACGUGCGUUUGCUUGUAUAGUUUAUUCACUCUGUUCUUUUUUAACAUUUGAAGGCUGAAGUAACUGUGAUGUUUGUUUUAUAAAUGAGCGUUUUUCAUGAUGAAGACUUUCAUAAUGGCGGUCUCCAUUAAAAAUCUUUGGUAACAGGA